CGCGCGGCAGCCUCCUCUCCAGAUGGCGGCGGCGGGGCGCGGCACCCGCGGCGGUCUUCCUCCCCAAGGUGGCGGCGGCUCGGCGGCGGGACUGAGCGCGGCAAUGGCCGAGGAGGCUCCACGCAGCCUGUUCGCGCUGAGCGCGGCGGCGGUGAGCUGCAGCAUGGGGGCCCUGGAGCAGGACGUCUGGGCGCUGCCCGGGCACCUGCUGCGGGGACUCCUGCCGCUUCUCUCCAUCUUCCGCCUCGAGCGGGCCGAGGGCGCUGCGCGGAGAGCAGGCCUCUCAACACAGCCCAUCUGGCGCAAGCUGUGGGAUGACGUGAUGAAAACCAGGCCACCCAACUCAGAGAACAUAACCUGUUGGAGGAAGAAGUUCCUUGAAACUUUCUUCUCAAAUGUUCUUCACGGUGUUUUGGAUAUUUCCUCUGAUUGGCGUCUCAACGACCGCAACUUUUCACCUCUGCUCCACAGCUCCCCACACGUUUCCCAGCUUACCCUUUGCAACAUGCUGCAGGGCGCAGUAGAGCUCACUGCUGAGCACAACCAGAAAGUGCUUGAAAACCUGGCUAGCUCCCUGCAAAUCCUGAAGUUCCAGCACCUUCUCUCCUCUGACCAGUCCAUCAGGCAUUCGCUGGUUCUGCUUCUUCACCGCCUGAUUCACCAUGGUUCUGUCAGCCAAGUGUCCAUGUAUUCCUGGCCUGUUCCUGACACAGUUCUUCUUGUUCUCAUUUUGAGUAUGAGUGCUGGAUUUUGGCGCUCGGGAAAUGCCCUUGCUUACCACAGCAGCCCCUGUGACUUUUGCAGACAGGAGGACAAAGCCCAAAGCCAGGAGUCAGCACAAGAGCGAGCAGAGAGGGGCUGUUAUGAUGAGAGGGAGCACAGUGAUGGUGAGAACCAGAAGGGAUCCCCCAGGGCCCCAGAGGAGGCUGACACAGAGAUGAAUAGAUGUGAGGCUGAUGCUUGCCUGAACUCUGUCCUCUCCAGAGCAAGAAGUCCUCCUCUGCAAAACCAAGCAUGUGAGGAGGGAAGCAGCAACGUCAUCUGUGACCACAUGGGCUUUCAAGGGGGACAUUCUUGUUGCACCUCAAGCCAGCUGUCCUGUCGCUCUGCUCUUCGAAAGACAUGCAGGCGGCUGAAACCCACAGUGGGGAAGAAACGCCGCUGCUUUAGACGAAGGAGGGGACUGUAUGCUGACCCAGAAGAUCUGUAUGAUUUUGUUUUCACUGUUGCUAGAGAGGAAAAUUCAGGAUUACUUGACAAAAACAGUGCUAUGGAGGGAGAAAAUGCUGACAGCUGGACGAGCUCCUCCUCAGGGUCUCUGUGCACUGGCCAUGCUGGCUGUAAGAAAAGAGGAUCUGCUGGGAUCUUUGCUCUGAAAGCUGCUCGCCGCUUCCGAAGUGUGUCCACACUGGAAUUGUUCUCCAUUCCUUUGACUGGAGAGACCUGUCGGACUUUGAGUAACCUGCUGAGCUCCUGGGUGUCUUUAGAAAACUUGGUGCUGUCUUACAAUGGCCUGGGUGAUAACAUCUACUGCAUCCUCUCUGGGCUCCGGGCCCUCUCCCACCGCUCAGACUGCCAUCUCCGCGUGGUGCGCAUCAGCGAUGUCUUCUCCCACAUGCCUUGCAUGGAGCUUGUUCGCUGCAUCCUGAGUGCCUUUCCCCAACUCCACACGCUCUCAGUCAGCUUCGACCUCAAAAACCAGCUGGAGGGAAACAGGCCAGAGGGGAAUCCAAGCUGCAGUAAAGUAGAAAUCCCAGAGAGCUGUUUGGAGCAGCUAGAGAUCAGAUUCCCCAGGGAACCUCUGCACACUGAGUUCCUGCUGCCAGUGCUCAAGGCAUCAAAGUUCCUCCAACAGCUGUCCCUUGACAGUGCCACGCUACCCUGUUCUCAGGAGCUUGGGCUCCUUCUGGAGGCACUCAAAGAGUGUAAUCCAAGCCUGAAGAAACUGAGUUUUCAUGAUGUGAACCUGGCUGAGCACCAGAAAGAAGUUCUGCUUUUGCUUCAGGAUCCUGUCCUGCAAGAAAUCACAUUUUCCUUCUGCCGACUGUUUGAAAGCUCUACUACAGAGUUUUUGUCAGAAAUAAUCAAUACAGUGAAAAGAAACUCAUCUUUGAAGAGCCUCAAACUGCCUGGGAAUCGCCUUGGGAACGAGCGGCUGGUUGCUCUUGCAGACAUUUUCUCUGAAGAUUCCUCCUCUGCUCUUUGCCAGCUGGAUGUCAGCUCAAAUUGCAUCAAGCCUGAUGGGCUCCUGGAGUUCACAAAGAAGCUAGAGGGCCACAUCCAGCAGAGAGGGGGACAGAUUCAAUUUACACACCUCCGCCUCUUCCAGAAUUGGCUGGACCAGGAUGCUGAAACAGCUCAAGAAGCACUUCAGCGUCUCAAAGCUGUGUGCAGUGUGGUCAACGACUCGUGGGACUCCUCCCAGGCCUUUGCUGACUACAUUAGUGUCAUGUGAUGGACACAGGAGCAGCACAAAACUGAUCAGCUUCAACUACAUAGUUCAGUCCCUGGCCAAUAAGAUUUUUUUCACAGCACAAGUAGGGCUUUCUUCUCCUGCUUCAGACAGAGUACAGUUUUUCUUCAAAUAAACAGAAGAGUGACAAGAAAAGGGACCACAGCAAAGUAAUGCACAAAAGACUGGGUCAACACAGCUGUAUUUGGAGGUAGUCUGACUCUUGCCAUCUUCUCAGUUGGAGUAUUUUAAGUGGGACAGAUAUCAAGUGAGCUUUUGUGUCUUCCUGCAGACUUCUGGCCAAGCAGUUGUUUAUUUCACUGGGUGUUGUUGCAAACCAUGUUGUUUCAGCCAAUGUCUAUCUCCAUCUUGGAUAGACUCAAGCUACCUGGUUAUGAUCCUUGACAAUCAGGUCUAGGUGACCUGAAUGAAUGUUAGACAGUAUGCCUUGGAGGUCCCUUACAACUUCAGUCAUUCUGUGACCUGUGAAACAAGAACUCCUCCUCCCUCUAUCUGGGAGAGAAAAUAAGGUAAAAGAGACCCCAGCCUUGACCUUGUACAUAUGGAAACUUUUACUUUGUACUAAAACAAAGCCCAAAACAAUGAAAUAAUUCUGUCUGUACCAAGUGGCCUGCCGUUCAUUUGCAAUCUUGUUGCCCAUCUCCACUGUCUGCAGUGAUUUUACAGAGGUUUUGAAUGGUUUGGGUUUUUGUAUCAUUUUGAUAAUAAAAAUAUAAGACCCAUAA